AUGAGCGCUGUGUUUCUCCUGCUCUUGGUGUCCACCGUGACUGUCGGUGCCGUGUCGGAGCAGGGUCUGCCGAGGCGGGAACCACGGCGCCUCUCGUGUGUGCGAUGCUGUGGGCCCUCCGAGCAGCCUGUCUCCAUCAUCUCCUCACGGUACACAAGGAUGAGCAGUGACCCUGCCUAUUCAGUACCCAAAGUCCAGCCCACUAUAGAUAUCACCAUCCUCAAAGGUGAGAAGGGAGAAAUGGGAGAGAAAGGGUACCCUGGAGCAGUUGGGAAGGAAGGAGAAAGAGGGUUACGUGGCCUUAAUGGACAGAAGGGGCAGAAAGGCCAACCUGGCCCACAAGGCCAUUCCUGCAAGCAGCUCUACGCAGCUUUCUCAGUGGGUCGGAGAAAACCCCUUCACAGCUCAGACUACUUCCAGCACGUCACUUUUGACACUGAGUUUGUGAACCUCUACAAGCACUUCAACAUGUUCUCCGGGAAGUUCUUCUGCUAUGUGGCAGGAAUCUACUACUUCAGCCUCAAUGUCCACACCUGGAACUUCAAGGAGACCUACUUGCACCUGAUGAAGAACGAGGAGGAGGUGGCCAUCCUCUACUCUCAACCCAGCGAUCGGAGCAUCAUGCAGAGCCAGAGCCUGAUGCUGGACCUGCAGGAAGGAGAGGAGGUCUGGGUGAGGAUGUUCAAGCGUGAGCGAGAAAAUGCCAUCUAUAGUGAGGAGUCUGAUGUUUACAUCAUCUUCAAUGGCCAUUUAAUCAAGCCAGCUGUAGAGUAG